AUGGCUCCAGCUCCUGUAUUUGUUCCAGCUUCGACCGGAUCCCCCAUCAAAGUCUAUGCUGUCCCCUUCCAGGCUCUUCGUGCAACGCAUUACUCGAAUUCCAUCCCCUCUCGCUUCUCAGCUGAUACUGUCCCUCCAACUCCAAUAUCAAGACCCACGCAUCUAUCUUGGGAUGAACUCUCCGAGAUUAUACGAACGCGACUGCGCGCCAAAUACAAUUCUCUGAUGUCUCGACUCUGGAAUGCCAGAUGGGACGUUUGGAUUACACUCUUUGGUUGGACUAGUUAUACCGACGCUCUGGGCUUAUCGACGAGCAUGACGUCUGACGGCCUCGUCAGGGCUGAUAUGAUUGAAACUGACCCAGAUAUCAAAGACGUUCUGAGACUUCAGGAUCAAAUCCACGUCUGUCAUGAGCUCUCUAAUCUCCAUGUCUUCUUUAGUCCUCUGGAUGUAAAAAUCGAUGAGGUACUAGCUAAAGUAGAACAUCUGUUCGUUCCCUCUGCGAUUCUCCGUCUUUCGUCGCACCGAGUCGCCCCAUCAAAUUGGGCCGAUGGAAGUCCCCUCUCAAUCACAGAACUCUCGUCUCCUAACGACUCCAUAUGCUAUGAAAUCGAGCGUAACUUUAUCACGCGGAGGCCUCACAAGGCCGAAUACCCACGACCACAUACUUUGGACCUUUUGCAGGGUAUCAGCGCGCACUGGGGCUUCUAUUUUUCGUAUUCGCCCAACAAGACGGCAGAAGAAGCCCGCGAGCACAAAUUGUCUCAAGACUUGAUUCUCGCAGCUCAGGAGCUCGGUACGGCCAUGGACACCGCGACUCACAGUCGCGAAGCAAUGGCUCGUCACGCCGCCUUAGCCCAGCGUUGCUUCUACGCUCUCUACCUCACCCGCAUCAUCGUCUUCUCCAGAUUUCUGGAUCGGUUUCCUCGAGACACCCGUUCUAAGCACGUCCGGUCUGAAUGGGCUGUAUUCCAACAUAACCCACCUCGCAUGCCGGAUGGCGACGACGUAUUCUCUACGGUUUAUCGCCAUGUCACGAGAGCCCGUGGUUCUGUGUUCGACUACAAGCGGACGGCUGAGGCUCGGUUCAAUACUCUGUUCAAGAGGAACUUGCGUAUUUUCUUCGAAAAAUGUACCACCCCUCCUCCCAAGGUGCCGUUCUAUCUCGCGGUCGACGAGGUCGAAGCUCCCAUUAUUCAGUGCCCUUCGAGCGGUCGUCGUCCCGCGUGCUCCCGCCUUGGCGUCAGUGCCUUAUUCCAUGGCUUUGAUGAAACUUCUUGA